AUGAGCAGAUUGCCGCCUCUGACCACCGAAAGCCCGCUUGUUGUGCAAGCCCGGUCUGAUUAUUUCCGUUCCAUGUCACAAGAUUCUGCGACAUCCGACCAAAGCUCCCAGUCUGAGAAUAUCAGCGACGCAUUUGGUCUGCGGACCGAGGUUCAGGAUGCCUUUUCCGAGGAUAAGAGACCCGUCUCCAUGCACCCCCGCAUGAGUCGUAUUCCACCAACCCCUUGCAAUGAUAUUCCUGUACCAUCGCUCGACCGCCAGACUAGUCGUGGCUUAGAUAUAGGCGAUACCGACACGGGAUUAUCUGCGUUUGGUGCCCAGCGUGUGGAAUCACCAGCCCCGAUGGAGUCGCCCCUAGAGGAACGUUUCUCAGCAUCACCAGUGCGACCUGACGAGGGUGUCGGUACAUCGCCUAGCCUUCGCGGCGACACGUUUGAUGGCGGGGAGGACAAGACGGGGUCAUCGUAUAUCUAUUCCAAGUUCACGAUCCCAAAGAACAAGGCUGCUGAACGGUUGAGUAUCUCGACCCUUCAGAAGCAGGAAUAUUUCACUUGGGACCAGCCUGCUGCACAGAGAACCAAUGUAUCAGGCACUAUCCCUGGCGCACCACCCUCCCCGCCGAUUCGGUCCUCAAGCCCUUCGGGCAAGGGUGAUACGGGAGCCUACGGCACCAGAGGGCCAUCUCUAGAUCAGCCCACGACGGUUGGCCCUGCUCCACAGCCCAUCCCUUCGGCAUCCGAAAUGACGGCCGAGGAACAUCUCGCAAAGGGCAUUGAGUGCCAUGAGAAUGGCUCGCUUAACGAAUCGACAUAUCACCUUCGUCUUGCCGCCAAGCAAAGCCAUCCCACCGCUAUGCUUUUGUAUGCCCUUGCUUGCCGUCACGGCUGGGGCAUGAAGAAAAAUGAGAAGGAAGGUAUUCAGUGGCUACGCAAAGCAGCCGAGUCUGCUAGCCUAGAAAUUGCGGAUGACGAGGGCCAGGCGAAGGAAGGGAAACACGUUGAUGUGCUCGAAAGGCGGACCAGGAAAGCGCAGUUUGCGCUGAGCAUUUAUGAGCUCGGCAUGUGCCAUAUGAACGGCUGGGGUAUUGAGCAAGAUCGCGCACUCGCCCUUCGAUGCUUUGAAAUAGCCGGGACAUGGGGAGAUGUUGACGCACUCCAAGAAGCUGCUCGCUGCUAUGCCGAGGGAAUCGGAUGCAAAAAGGACCUGAAAAAGAGCGCCAAAUUCUACCGAAUGGCCGAGGCAAAAGGUGUAAACCUAGUCGGCAACAGCUGGAUUCAUAAAGCAAAGUACAACGAUGAAGAGGACAAAGACUCCAAGGCGGAAACUAAGUCGCUUAAAGCCCGGAGCAAAUCUCGGACUCGGACUUUAUUCCGCCUCAAGUCUACGUCCUAG